AAUGAAUCAAGAUCCAGAUGAAAAGGAUAUGAUAGGAGAUCUUUUAGAUGGUAUCUUAAUUCUCUCCAAAUUUUAGACAGUUUUGAAAAUGUUGGCAAGAUCAAAAAAACAUAUUCUUCAAAUAGACCUCCUGCACUCCAAAUUAAUUAGAAUUACAAUCAAUCUCCAAUCUAUUACCCUAAAGUAUAUUCACCUCAAGUGCAGCAAAAACAAAAGUUUUUAAUCUUAAUUAGUUAAGUUCUUAUGAUUUAGAUUUACGACUCACUAAAGUUCCUGUCUAAUAAAGUGCUCCAAAUUCAGCAUCAAAACUAAAAUCCUUUGAUAAUACAGUACAAUUUAAUACAGUUGAUGAAACUUCCUUAGAUGGAGAUUUAGUAUCUAAUUUCACUUCUAUUAAAGAUAUCUAAAUGUAAAGAUUAAAAUGGGGCUAGAUGCAUUCAAAAAGCCUUUUAAGAAAGUUCUCAAGCUAUUAAAGAAUAAAUCUUUAAUAAGCUUGAAAAAGGGCUUUUAUCUCUCUCAAAAGAUGUGUUUGGAAAUUAUGUCAUCUAAAAUCUUCUUGAAUUUGGUAAUAUUUUUGAUAAUAAUAGGAACUCCACUCCAAUAAUAAAAAAUACUGAUCUUUUUAUAACCACAUUCUUCAUAAUUAGCAUUUCAUCCAUAUGGAUGUAGGGUGUUACAAAAAUUACUACAAAAUGCCCAUAAUACACCAGAUUUUCCAAAUUUAUUUGAUACUUUUAAAACAAGAGUUAGAGAGUUAGUAAUUGAUUAACACGGAAAUCAUGUUGUUUAGAAAUUGAUCUAAUUAAUGGAGAAUGAUAUUAGCUAAUGGGUCUUAGAUGGGAUUGAAGGAUAAGUUAAUAAACUUGUGAUUAAUUCUUUUGGUUGUAGAAUAAUUUAAAAAGCUGUCUCAAUAUCUAGUAAUCAUCCAGAAAGAUAAAUGAAAAUUUUAAUUGAAAUAAUGAACUUAGCUUAUGAACUUUGUAUUUCCUAAUAUGGAAAUUACAUAAUUCAAUAGUUAUUGAAGGAUGGACCAUUUAUAAUCAAAAAUUAAAUUUAAUAAAUCAUUAUGGAAAAAUUAGAAGAAUAUAGUUUAAAUAAAUUUGGAAGGUAAUUUAAUUAAAUUAAUUUUAGUAAUGUUGUUGAUUGUGCUAUCAAAUGCUCUAAUAAUUAAUUUAAAUUAAAAAUUAUGGAACUAUUACUAAAUUAAAACAAUUAAUAAGUUUUAUUUGUCCGCUUAUCUACUAAUGCAUAUGGAAAUUAUGUUGUACAAAAUUUUUUGAAAUUUGCAGAUUAAGAAAUCCAAAAAGAAUUAUAUUAUAAAAUUACUAAUAACUAAUAACUCUUAUAAGAAAUACAAUAAUAUAAAUUUGGUAAUUUUUUAAUUUAUAUCUUUCAAGGUCAGUUCGUUUACUAAAUGUUAACUUAGAAAUUAGAACUAGAAACAUUUAAUUUAUGA